GUUUGUCAUGUGUUACACAGAAUUAAAGGAAAAAAGCCACGAUGAGCUGGAAGACUCUGCUCUGUUUUUGGAGACUGGCAGGACUUUACUGUCACAGGGCAUCUUCCUCAGAAAGAGGGCGCUUCAUCCGGUGGAAAAGACCAAAGAUGACGUUUUUGAGCAGAACUGACUUGAUGCUCAUGAAAAGAAGCGGCUAAAGGUUUCUCUGCUGUGUCCUUAAACUUUGUUCUGAAAGUUUGAUUGAAUGGCCAGUUUCGGAUGGAAUAUUCAUCAUGUUUUGAACUAUUGUGACUGUUGGAAGUAAUGGAAAUAAAAAAGGAUCAA